GGGUGAAGGUGUGAGAUAAAGGAGAGCUCUCCUCCGAUUUGGAGGCAUCAUGGCCGCUAAGUCAGACGGGAGGCUGAAAAUGAAGAAGAGCAGCGACGUGGCGUUCACCCCGCUGCAGAACUCGGACCACUCGGGCUCCGUGCAGGGACUGGCUCCGGGCUUGCCGUCGGGGUCGGGAGCCGAGGACGAGGUGACGGCGGGAGGCGGCUGCUGCCCGGACGGCGGCGGCUGCUCGCGCUGCUGCUGCUGCUGCGCAGGGAGCGGGGGCUCGGGCGGCGGCUCGGGGGGCUCCAGCGGCCCGGGCGGCGGCAUAGGCGGCCCGGGCGGCGGCGGGGCAGGCUCGGCGGCGCUGUGCCUGCGCCUGGGCAGAGAGCAGCGGCACUACUCGCUAUGGGACUGCCUCUGGAUCCUGGCCGCCGUGGCCGUGUACUUUGCGGACGUGGGCACGGACAUCUGGCUCUCCGUCGACUACUACUUGCGCGGCCAGCGCUGGUGGUUCGGGCUCACGCUCUUCUUCGUGGUGCUCGGCUCGCUGUCGGUGCAAGUGUUCAGCUUCCGCUGGUUCGUGCACGAUUUCAGCACCGAGGACAGCGCCGCGGCCGCCUCCAGCUGCCCGCAGACCGGAACCGACUGCAAGACCUUGGUCAGUGGCGGGUCUGCAGCCGGGGAAGGAGGGGAGGCUCGUCCUUCCACGCCGCAAAGACAGGCUUCCAACGCCAGCAAGAGCAACAUCGCUGCAGCCAACAGUGGCAGCAACAGCAGCGGGGCCACCCCGGCCAGCGGCAAACACAGGUCUGCGUCCUGUUCCUUCUGCAUCUGGCUCCUGCAGUCACUCAUCCACAUCUUGCAGCUCGGGCAGAUCUGGAGAUAUUUCCACACCAUAUACUUAGGUAUUCGAAGUCGACAGAGUGGGGAGAAUGACAGAUGGAGGUUUUACUGGAAAAUGGUGUAUGAGUAUGCAGAUGUGAGUAUGCUGCAUUUGCUAGCCACCUUUCUGGAAAGUGCUCCCCAGCUGGUACUGCAGCUCUGCAUUAUCGUACAGACUCAUAGGAUUCAGGCCCUCCAAGGUUUCACAGCGGCUGCCUCCCUGGUGUCACUGGCCUGGGCCUUGGCUUCUUACCAGAAGGCCCUCCGGGACUCCCGAGAUGACAAGAAGCCCAUCAGCUACAUGGCUGUCAUCAUCCAGUUCUGCUGGCACUUCUUCACUAUUGCUGCAAGAGUCAUCACCUUCGCCCUCUUUGCCUCGGUUUUCCAGCUGUACUUUGGGAUCUUCAUUGUCCUCCACUGGUGCAUCAUGACCUUCUGGAUCGUCCACUGUGAGACAGAAUUCUGCAUCACCAAAUGGGAAGAGAUUGUGUUUGACAUGGUCGUGGGGAUCAUCUACAUCUUCAGCUGGUUCAACGUCAAGGAAGGCAGGACACGCUGCCGGCUCUUCAUCUACUAUUUUGUGAUCCUUUUAGAAAAUACAGCCUUGAGUGCCCUCUGGUACCUCUACAAGGCACCCCAGAUGGCAGACGCCUUUGCCAUCCCCGCCCUGUGCGUGGUGUUCAGCAGCUUCUUAACUGGUGUGGUUUUUAUGCUCAUGUAUUAUGCCUUCUUUCAUCCCAAUGGACCCAGAUUUGGGCAGUCCCCGAGCUGUGCUUGUGAGGACCCUGUCGCUGCCUUCACUCUGCCCCCAGAAGUGGCCACCAGCACCCUCCGGUCCAUCUCCAACAACCGCAGCAUGGUCAGUGAGCGGGACCAGAAAUUUGCAGAGCGGGAUGGGUGUGUGCCUGUGUUUCAGGUGAGACCCACCGCCCCAUCCACCCCCUCGUCUCGCCCACCACGGAUUGAAGAGUCCAUCAUUAAAAUUGACCUGUUCAGGAAUAGGUACCCAGCAUGGGAGAGACACGUGUUGGACCGAAGCUUACGAAAGGCCAUUUUAGCCUUUGAAUGUUCCCCAUCUCCUCCAAGGCUGCAGUACAAAGAUGACGCCCUGAUCCAGGAGCGCUUGGAGUAUGAAACUACCUUAUAAAAACCCCGAAAAGACCGUGGAGGAAUCACCAGCCCUCUAGAUGAAUGGGUGACAGCAGCGCUGUGGCAAUAAUGAAUCUUCAUUAUAGAGUAGGGCAGUGAGAUGUAAUAUCUUUAGUCUGACCAUUGUCAUGAUAUUGUUUGACUGCUUGCUGCUGGUCUCUUUUCAAAAUAGCAGCCCAAGAGUUCCCCUCCCCCCAAACUCCACCUGAAAGGAACAUGUCAGUUUUGUAGGAUUCCUCCUACACAUCUUUCAGCUAAUUCAUUGGAGGUUACUAUUAUCUUGGAAAAUGUUGUCUCCACACAGUAGGGUGUUUUGCUGGAGUUAACUAAUCUUUGCAUCAAAAAUAUAUUCAGUAAGAUACACACACACACAACACCAGUCCUUUGACAAAAUAGUUUAUGUGAUUUUUUUUCUUGAUGCAAAGCUCUAAUUCCCACAGGAAAAUACAAAGAGAGAGAAAAUACCUCCCUCAAGAC